UGUCACUUUCUGUCAGCUUUGCUUUUUACCUACGUUUAUUUGUCUAUUUGGUUGGAUUUGAUUGAAUCAUUUAACAAUUUUGACGCCAGCUGGCUUCCUUCUCGAUAUUAAGUUUAGUAAUAAUAAUUUUAAUAAAACUGCGUUUGUGAAACAAUAAAAAUUUAUGUGCUACAAAAUCUGGUUCAUUAGAUCUUAAUUAUGUGGGUGAUAAUUUUCGUAGCAAAGUGAUUGUGUUGCGACAUGAAAGCGAAAAUGAGUUUCUUUGCGGACACUACAUUGUCGAGUCUCGCACUCGCUAACUCGUCUGUGGACGAGGGGUGCAUGCUCUGGAAUACUUCACAAAGUGUAAUAAUAACGCCAGUUUACAAUGGAAUACCUCAAACUUUGAUACUCAAUUUGAUAUCAUGGGCUUUCUUGAUACUCUUGUUUUGUGUUCUUCGACGGACGGCAUGGAACUAUGGGAGAAUGGCCUUGGUACAACGAUCGAAGAGCAGAUGGACGAAUUUGUUCUAUCGUAGCGGAGAUAACGAAGAACUCGUCAACGGGACGCGGAGCGCAGAAGAACCGCCCAACAUCGACGAAGGAUUUUUCACUUGGUUGCCUGCCGUAUUCAGGCUUUCGCGGGAGCAGAUUCUUGUUAAAUGUGGCCCUGAUGCAGUACACUACUUGUCUUUCCAAAGGCAUGCUAUUACCCUAAUGUUUAUCAUCACUGUCAUUUCCAUUGGAGUAAUCUUACCCAUCAAUUUUAGUGGGGAUGUCUGGAGAGACGAUAAUACGACAUUGGCAAGAACAACUUUAUCUAACCUAAAUGGCAGAUCCUAUUGGCUAUGGGUUCAUACCCUGAUAAGUAUCUCGUUCAUACCUAUAUCUAUUUUGAUUAUGAGGAGGUGCACUGGCCGCAAACCUGUGCCUACUUCCAUCACGGGCACUAUUAUGAUAACAAAUAUAUCAAAAGCUGACAGGAAUGAGUCUACAAUAAGAGCUUACUUUGCCCAUAAUUUCCCUCACAUACAAAUUGUAGAUUUACGGUUAGCCUUCAACAUCAACAAGCUAAAUGAAGUCCUUGAGAAAAAGGAGAUGGUUAGUGAAGCUCUCGUGUACACUGAUACAUAUUUCAGGAAGACUGGGAAGCGCAUUAUGGUACGGCCAAAAUGGUGUGGGCCCGAAGUGGACGCCUUGGAAUUUUACACCAACGAACAGAAGAGACUGAAGGAUGAAGCUAAAAGAAUACGGGCAAUUGUACUCAACGAUCCUCUAGGUAUUGCUUUUUUAACUUUACCAUCUUACCAACUCGCCGAACAUGUCAUUAAUAACUUUAGUUUGCAUCGUGGCUGGGUUCUGACCCACGCCACAAACCCCGCAGACAUCAUCUGGGAGAAUCUUAACGUUCAGCCAGGUGUAUGGUACAUAAAGGCAUUCUUUGUAAAUUUCUUUCUGUUCAUUGUCUUAUUCUUCCUUACGACUCCAGCCAUUGUUGUGAAUCUCUUUAAUACUUUGGUUGCGAAGCCUGAACAUAUGACUAAAGUGAGUACUGUCAUAUUUGAUUUUCUUCCAACCUUGCUGCUGUGGACAAUGGCAGCUGUGAUGCCGGCCAUCGUGGCUUUCUCUGACAAAUUCCUUUCACAUUGGACCAAGUCACAUCAGAACUAUUCAAUCAUGACAAAAACCGUUUCAUUCCUACUGUUGAUGACUCUGAUUUUACCAUCGCUAGGGCUAGCCAGUGCCGAUUCAUUCGUACGAUGGACUUGGCAUCACGAAAAUGACACCAUGCGUUGGGAUUGCGUAUUUCUGCCCGACAAAGGCGCAUUCUUCGUCAAUUACGUUAUCACCUCCGCCUUUAUUGGUACGUCUCUAGAAUUGAUUAGAUUCCCCGAGUUGUUCCUCUAUGUCUGGUAUUUAUUGCAGUCUAAAUCGAAAGCGGAAAAGAGUUAUGUAAAGAGAGCUAUUCUUUACGAGUUUCCAUUCGGAGUGCAUUAUGCAUGGAGUAUCGCUAUUUUUUCCAUUACAAUGGUCUAUAGCCUCGCGUGUCCGCUGAUAGCUCCAUUCGGAUUGAUCUACCUGCUUCUGAAGCACGUAGCUGACAAGCAUAACCUUUAUUUCGCUUACGGACCGUGUGAUAUGAGUGGCGUGGGCGGGGGAAGGAUUCAUGCGACCGCGGUGAGGCUGAUCCGCCUUUCAGUGGUGCUUUUAUUGAUCAGUAUGGCGGCGUGGGCCGGCUUGAGGUCAGGUUUCGAAGCUCGGACUAUCAUUUUGAUAAUGGCCUCUAUAGUAGCGUUUGCAACGUUCUUGCUACUAAGUCCUUUCCCUAGUUGCACGCCGCCUGCCCCGCUACAGGAGGAACCCAGUAUACAGUUCCCCGCGUACGUAGCCCCGGUUCUGAGCAAACCAAUAGACUCGACCCCGAGCACGACUCCUACCACCCCCGAUUACGGGGCCUCAUCUCCUGUGAUAACUCAGGCCUACAACCCAGAACCAAUAAAUAUCUAAAUGGUAGCAAAUCAAUUACAUUGUGAAUUCGCACCGCAAUUGACCGGAGCCCUAUCUCGAGAUACCUACGCUUAUCUAAAGCGUCAUUGCCCCUAUCGUUAAAUCGAUUAAUGGGUUUUAAAAGUUUUGAUAAUGUAAAUAAAUAAUGCAAUAUUCUUUUAUAAAUUAAUUAAUAUAUUUUACUUUACGUAUUAAAUAUCGGUGAUUGGAACUUUACGUCCGUGUUUCUCUAACACUAAUUUUUAAACGCACUCGCACUUAGUGACUAAAUUCACACGGUCACGUGGUUCACCCUAGUUGAAAUGUACUCGCUUGUUAAAAACUAUUAAGACCGCUUUGUGAAUCAAUAUUCGUGCGUUUCUUACGGCAGAAAUCUGUUUCAGCCCUCUCUGUUUAUUGAUACACAUGACAGAGUGGCCGUGGUCGUCAUGUAGUCGUGGAAGUGGAGCGGGCAUGUGAAACAUUCCGCAUGAUUCUUCGCCAUUUUUUCUCUGCUUGAAGUCAUCCUACUGCACUCGUUAAUGGACUGGCCCAUAAUAGACUUAUUUGGUCAGUCCAACGCGAAUGUGACCUUCCACGCAGUCAAGUGCUUUAGGUCUCGGCGUACCUUGCGGUAUAUUCCGAUUGCAUCUUUCCUGAGGACGAGCUCUAAGAGUUUGCCUCUGACGAAGAUCUAGGAGUGUGAAAUACAAAGCCUUUUUGUCAACAGCGUACAUACAAUUACGUCUUUAUCUCUAACGGGGUAGACAGACCAAGGAUUCUCAAAAAGACAAACACAAUUUGUUUUUGCCUCGCUACUAGACCAGGAAGAUUCAGGAUCUUAAAUUAAAUUUAUUCUCAUUAGACCAUUUGUUCACCCGUUGCCUGAAUGUGCAGUUUUCUCACCCUCACCGAAAGAAAAUCAGUUAGCAUUCAAACUAAUGCACAUACCUCAGAAAAAGAGUUAUUGGUAUAUGUCCUAGGUGGGAUUUGAACCUGCGCGUAUCAAGAAUUUCAAAUCGGGCACCUUAUCGAUUCCACCACCGAUGCUAGACAGCUAAGGUUGUAGAGUUGUAUAAACUGUCGCAUUCAUUAGCUUCGACAAACUGUUUCACCAGUUUUCUGCUUUUUUAUGAAGACUUAAACAAGCAUUUUUACUUAAAAUUGAAGGCGGCUUUAUUUUACUGAUGUGCACAUAAUUUUAUUUUAUAUACAUUGUUAAAUCUGACUAGAUACUAUCUUAAUUUAUGUAAAAAGAUGAUAGGUGGAGUGAACGAGUUCUUAAGGAGAUUCUUAUUCUUAUUUCGCAAUUUUAAAUAGGUAUUUCCAAAUUUAAGUUUCUUAUAAUUUAAAAUAUACCUAUGUGUACCUAGAUGAUUUACACAAAUUCUUGGUGGUUAUUUUUGAUCUAUUGACAAAAUGUAAAUUAUCAUCUACAUGUUUCAAAUAUUGAAUUACCUAGUAGUUAUCACCUCCACUUCGUAACCACAUAUGUAGACUUAGCUCAACAAUCUUUUGUACGUAUCUCAUCUAAAUUUAAACAAAUUAAAAAUAAUAUAUAAAUAAUUAUUCCUACAUAUAACUGUAAUGAAAAUUCUCGCUGGUGAAACCACGACCAAAAACAAGACAUGAAUUUGUUGAAUCUUUUUAUAUUGUACAGUCUUUUGAUGUGAUAAUGUUCCUGUUGUUUUUAAAUUGGCUUUUACGCCGUGAAGUCAUACAAAUUACCCGUAUCAUGUAGCAAUAUAUUCAAUACUUAAUAGCCAUUCAGGGAAGUUUGGUUUAGUUUUGUGAAAAGUAAAGAAGAAACUCCGUUGGUAUAUAUUUCCACUUAUAAAUAAUACAGGUAUUAACAAUACGGAUCAUUGUAACAUGAUUCUAAAAGUCCGAGAAAAAUAAAGGUACGUUACGUGCGCGUUUAAUACCUGUAUUAUUUAUAAAUAGUACCUAUAAAGCAACGCGAAAGUUUAAAAUGAGUUAAAGAUUCCCCUUUUUCUCUUAUCUUUGUGUGUUCCCAUUUCAUCAUUAAGCAUCCUCCGACACUAAGCUUUGGGACUUGGGUUUGCUCAGCUAUGUUUUCAUGUUUAUGGCUUAGGUAAAAACACGUUCGAAUUGAGAAACUUCCUCCUUUAUUAAAGUCGGUUAAAAUAUAAUAGUUAACAUGAUGUUUUAAAAAAAACGAUUCCCAUGUGUACGAAGCUAAUGUUUGUUAUGAAAUUAGCAAUUUCGGCUUCAUUGUUUAUUUUUUUUAAAUCGUUCACACUUUAUAUUGUUUUUCUCUUGCACUAAAAGUACGAUUACAUUUGGCUUUAGAUAAAGGUUUCAAUCUAUGCCUGAUAAGACUUUUCCAUAAGAAUAGAUCGUCGACGUAUAACAAAAAAUACAUCACCGAAAUGUGAUAAUCUUUUAGGUACCAUCUAAGGCCCGAGAGAUGUGGAAAUAACAAAAUCAGAUUGAUUAUUAAAAACACAUAUAAUUUCUCUUCUCGCUUUGAAGGCAACCGUGCCUUAGAUUCGCAAUAUUGUAUUACUAGUUGUGCCCGCGACUUCGUCCGCGUCUAUUCAACACAAAAAGAAUUUUUCAAUUCGAACCAGUAGUUCCUGAGAUUAGCGCGUUAAAAACAAAC